AGCUGUGUCAAAAACGAAUUUGGUAUACAGACGAAGCAAUUUUUAUCAAACGGUAUGAGAGACGAAAAAUAUUCUAUUAACCAGUGUGAUCUCAGUUUGAAUUGAAGCAAAAGUUUGAGGUGUAAGAUGAGGCCACUGCGAAUGACUUUUGCGACUGUGCGUUAUCAUGUGCUGAUCAUCGUAGGUCUGUUAACAUUGCUGUACACAUCAUAUCAUAUAAAUCUAAUGAUAAUACGAUUUCUGAUGUCGAAACCUCUUUCGGAUGGGAUAGCCACCGUCAGCAAUAACAUUACAAUCCAGAGCAAUGUAAUUGAUGAUAAAAAUAUCACCAUUGAGCAAGUUAAUUUGGCCGUAUCAGACCAAAAACAACAAACGCAACCAUCGGCCAUAAACAGUCAUCAAACUACGAGCCCGGAUGUGGCAAAUUUUUCUGCAAAUGGCGUGCCCAUAAGUGAUUUGUACAAACCUGGCCAUUUAAAAUCGAACAGGAAACUAUGCGGAUCCGAUGCAGGCGAACACAUGCGUUUGCUGAUAUUGAUAACAUCGGCACCAUCGAAUCACGAUGCUCGACUUGCCAUUCGGCAAACGUGGGGCAGUUAUGCAUCGCGCCGUGAUAUAGCAAUUGCAUUUGUGAUUGACAGCUACUAUAAUUUAACACUGAAAAGCAUUACAAAACUGGAAUGGGUGGAAACAUACUGUUCUCGAGUAGCAUACAUACUCAAAGCCGAUGAUGAUAUGUUCGUCAAUGUUUUGCGAUUUAUGUCAUGGAUUGAAGAUCAUCCUCCUGAACAGCAACAAAAAAACAUUUUUGGAAGUGUGUGUUAUGGAUUUGCCCCGUUCCGGGAUAAAGAAAGCAAGUAUUAUGUAUCGGAACAAGAAUAUUUUCCAUCAUCAUACCCAGAUUUUAUUGCUUCGAUGUAUUUGAUAAGCGGUUCCACCAUACAUGACCUAUAUACAACGGCCUUAAAACAGAUUUUUUUCAAGUUGGAAGAUGUAUUCAUGACCGGCAUCGUUGCCGAAUUGGUCAAUAUUGAACGAAUCAAUGUCGACAAUUUCCGAGAGGAUGGUACAUCCAGACUUGAUAUGUGCAAUUUACGCGAGAAGUUUGUCAUACACGAUAUUAAGAUAAAUGAACAAUUUGACUUAUGGGAAAAACUGAUGAACACUAGUGCAAACUGUGAAUUGUUUUAACUAGACUGUUCAAAGAUUUUCUGUAGUUAUAUAGUUCAG